GCACAGCCGGUCACACUGCGGGCAAGUGGUUAUUUUUUCGUGAUAAAAUUAAGGAAACGCGACUUUUGCGUUGAUAAGCGAUCUAAAAUUUGCCAGCAAAGCACUCCAUCGAGCUGGCAAAAAACUAGAUCCAGCUGGAUAAAAAAUAUAAUAUUGUGAUGCUCGGCACUCGGCUGGCAAUGCAAUAACCUUCUGACGUUCGCUUUGCAGUCGUGGUGUUUUGUUAUUGGGGCGGAAAACAAAUUGCAAACGCGAUUAUAAAUAGGCACAAAAUGUGUGUUUUUGGGACGAUGAAAGUUCUGGUGUCGACGAAUAAGUGCUCCUGAAUGCCAAAGACCCUAAAUCAAAUAGUUCCAAUAAAACCCGGUCGAAAUCUACAAUUGGGUCGACACUUUUGGUAGGGGUAAGCAUAUUUCGCUAGCCUAUUUCUAUUUAAACAACAUAAAUUUGUAAAAUUGUGAGCUAAUUAUGAGUUGGCUGUUUCAAUUAAGCUGCAGUCGCUGAUUUAAAAGCUAAAUCAAGCGAAGCACUAGCCCAAAGAGGAGUCAACAACAAAAAAAAGCGGCGAAGAGAAACGUCGAAAAUUGUUUCAACAGCACACGUUCAAAGUGAAGGUCAACGUCACAACGACUCGACGACGAGCGGCAAGUCUGGCGGCCAAAACCGAAAGACAAAGUGAUCCACCGUCAGCAUCGGAGGUCUCCAGAUAGCCAGCACCAUGACUACCUCAUCCUUCCAUUCCGUGUCCUUUGCUCCUGGCGAGCGGCUAAUGCUGUCCUUCCUGGUGACCCUGCUCAUCCUGGUGGCCUGUGUUCUCAGCACCGAAACCACCAUGCCCACGCAGAACAUGUCCCACAAGGAAAGGGCCGAACUCAGGGAAGAGGCACGCGAAAUGUUCUAUCAUGCAUAUCACGCCUACAUGGAGAACGCCUAUCCCGCGGAUGAGCUCAUGCCGCUCUCCUGUAAGGGACGUUAUCGUGGAGUGACGCCAUCGAGGGGAGACAUGGACGACAUCCUUGGAAACUUUUCCAUGACUCUGGUGGACACUCUGGACACUUUGGUGCUACUGGGGGAUUUUACCGAAUUCGAGCACGCGGUAAAGCUCGUUAUCCGCGACGUUCAGUUCGACAGCGACAUUAUUGUGUCCGUGUUCGAGACAAACAUUCGAAUGGUUGGCGGCCUGCUGUCAGCCCACAUCUUGGCGGAGUAUUUGCAGAAACAUGCGGACACGAUGCACUGGUACAAGGGCGAGCUGCUGGAGAUGUCACGCGAGCUGGGUUACCGAUUACUGCCGGCAUUUAACACUUCCACGGGCAUUCCACAUGCUCGGGUCAAUCUCCGACUGGGCAUGAAGGACCCACUGCUAAAGAAGUCCCGUGAGACUUGCACUGCCUGUGCGGGCACAAUCCUUCUGGAGUUUGCAGCUCUCUCAAGGUUGACAGGCGAUCCCAUCUUCGAGGUGAGAGCUCACGCGGCAAUGGAUGCUCUGUGGAAGCUUAGACACCGUGGCUCCGAUCUAAUGGGCACGGUUCUCAAUGUACACUCCGGCGACUGGGUGCGUCGAGAUUCCGGAGUCGGAGCGGGCAUCGACAGCUACUACGAGUACCUAUUCAAGUCGUACGUCCUGCUGGGGGACGACAAGUACCUGGCCCGCUUCAACCGUCACUACAACGCCGUGAUGAAGUACGUCAGCGAAGGACCGAUGCUGCUCGACGUGCUCAUGCAUAGGCCACAUGCCAAGUCAAAGAACUUCAUGGACUCACUGCUGGCAUUCUGGCCGGGCCUACAAGUGCUUUCUGGCGACCUGAAACCGGCAGUACAGACACACGAAAUGCUCUACCAGGUUAUGCAAAUGCACACCUUCAUUCCAGAAGCUUUUACCGUAGACUUCCAAAUACAUUGGGGACAACAUCCCCUCCGCCCUGAAUUCAUCGAGUCCACAUACUUUUUGUACCGCGCCACUGGCGAUCACCACUAUCUGCAAGUGGGCAAGAAGGCGUUAAAAACACUCCAACAGCACGCGAAAGUGGCUUGCGGCUAUGCAGCCGUCAAUGAUGUGCGAACGAGAAAGCACGAGGAUCGAAUGGACUCCUUUGUUCUGUCCGAGACGAUCAAGUACCUCUUCCUCUUGUUCUCCGAUCCACAGGAUCUGAUAAUCAAUGUCGACGAGUUUGUCUUUACUACCGAAGCCCACUUGCUGCCCCUUUCAAUUGCGCAACUAGGGAAUGCCACGUUUAGCUUUCGCCAGUCGGACGAACACAACGUACUCGACUUCAUGCGCACCUGCCCCAGUUCAAAUAAGCUUUUUCCUGAGAAAGUACGCAAACCACUGCGCAACUUCAUUACGGGCUCGUGCCCGCGCACCACAGCCGGAAAGCGGCUCAGCGCUCUGGACUUUCAGGCAAGCAAUGCAGAUCAUCUGCGAGCUGUUUACGACAUGGGCAUUACCAUGGUUUCGGUAGGCGACCGCAGCCAAGGCAAGGUGCGACUGUUUCAUAGUUUCUAUAAUGCCAAGAGUCACGAGGAAGGCGAAAUGGGACUGCAGUUCAUGCAGGAGAUGCUCGAGCUCACCAAAAUGCAAAGCGUAAACCAGCUGGCGCAACUGCAGGCCGUGGCUUAUGCCACCGACGAGAAAGCGCAGGAUUGGGUCGCCCUCAUGGCCGGACCCUCGCACUUUAGCCCCGAGCUAAUCGGCGAUCAGUUCGUCCAGGGGGAUGUGGUGCUGGCCAGGCCGCUUCGCGCCUGCGAUGAGCACCUAGAGAACGCCGAAGAGGCGAAGGGCAAGGUCCUGGUUGCCGAGCGUGGCGACUGUACGUUCGUGAGCAAAGCGCGGCUGGCCCAAAAAGUGGGAGCGGCGGCGCUGAUUGUCUGUGAUAAUGUACCGGGCUCUUCCGGGGAGACGCAGCCGAUGUUCGCCAUGUCCGGCGACGGCAAGGACGACGUGCUCAUUCCCGUCGUCUUCAUGUACAGCGUGGAGUUCGGCAAGCUGUCGGCGGUGAUGCAGCGACGAAAGCAGCCGCUGCGCGUUCGCGUGAUGCAGAUGGUGGAGUUCAAACGAUGGCAACUGGCCAAGGCACAGCGGCAAAACCAAACUGCGACGACCACACAGAAACCGGACAAGGAGUUGUAGUGGACCGCUGGUGUUGCUGCUGGACCGCCCUCAGCGUUAACUAUUGUUUCUGGGCUAAUUCGCGCCUUGAAAUGGUUCUCGCCAAAAUAGAGAUACAUUUUCUAUAUCGUAAAUUGUACAGUAAGCGAUAGUAACUAAAUUUUAAAUUCUUGUACUUUACUAACAACAUUGGAACGAAGUAAUGCCGCGAGUUUUUGAACUCCUCAGAUUAGGGAUCUUUGCAUUUCGUGGUUAGUUCUCAGGCUAGCAAUUGGCUUCCUAGUGGCAAUAUGAUUACAUUUGCGUUCAUUCUAAAUGUAUAUUUGGUCCACCUCACAAUUUUUUAGAUGGCUUUUACUUUUUUGUGUAAGUAAAACCUGUGUACAUAAUACAGAUCCUAGCAACUAAUAAGUACCAAUUAAUAAAUAAUUUUAAGAAAGAUUAGUUGAUAAUGUAGUGAGUCCGGAGUAUGACCGACAAAUGUGUAGUUGAAAUUGUUUAGUUCUUAUACAAUAAAAAUAGUCUAAAAUAUACGAAAGAUAAUGAAACCUAA